AUGUUUAACGCUACGAGAAUAACAUACCGGUCCCAACUACAGUUUUCUACCUCAGUACCUAUUUGGUCGGCCUCAAAAUCUGCUGAGAGUAAAAACUCUAACUCAUACGUCACUAGUUCGCUGCAAACCUCCCAACGGAGGAUAACGACCGAUGUGACAUCGACAGAAAAUAGUACUGAUACUACCACGAUACCGGUGAAAACCAGUACAACUGCAAUAAGCCAUUCUGGUACACUGUCCUCAAGCACUAGCAGCGCGCACAUUACUUCUUCUACUACUACUACUGCCAGCGGGACGCCCUCGCCAAUUUCACUGAGUGUCGAUUCAGGUCACACUGUUAUGAGCUACAGCAGGAGCUAUGUCAUAACUGACUCGUCCACAACAUUCAGUACAGAGCUCUCAAGGGUUACGGUGAUUGGCACACAAGCUGCUUCUACGUUUUCUGCCCCCACUUCGGUAGUAACAACAGAUGUGGCAUUUUAUCAUCGUUGGCUUGGCGGGACUCUAGAUUCUGGCUCUUUCACUGGGUCAGUCUCAAAGCACCAUCGUAACACGAUUAUCGCAAGCGUGGUGGGUAGCGUAGGGGGUUUUUUGCUGGCAAUUCUAUUCAUAUGGCUAUUUUUAAUAAGACGACGGAGGAAGCACCAAAGCUCGUUAGAUAAGAGCUUUAGUCAUGACAUUGGAUGCAGGCUUGAUCACCCUCUGGCCCCUCCUGCAGAUGAGAGUAACAAUUACAUUGUACGACGGUCUUCCGAUGAAGAUGAAGUGUUUAUGAAAAACAAAUACCGAUCUUUCGGGCGAUCAUUCAGGGGGAAAAUCCCUCAGUGGCAUAGGGGUGGCGACAGGUCCGAUAUCCCUGCUGUUAAUAACUCUGUAGCUGCACGACAAGCGUCUCAGAGUGAUCCUUUUCAAGAAGGCCCUAAUAUCCAAAAAAGCCUACCAGUCCCUCCGCCAAUACUGACACACGAUCUUCCAUUGCAUUCAACGUUUUCGUAUACUAGCGCAGACAGCUCCUCCUCGACUUCCUCUUCUUCCGAAGCUAUUUCGGACUCCACUUCAUCUAUUCAAAUACCCCGGCCAGCGGGUGCCACCAGGAGCACUCAAAGCUUUUUGCGUGAACUUCUUUGA